AAGGUUUCAUACUCAAGGGUGACGCUAACUUCACGGUGCCCCGGUGGUCAGCUUUCGAAACAGCUGUGGAGAUUUGAAGUUGUAUAUUUGUAUAGCAGAAGCCUGUUGUAUUUAUAUUUGAUUCACAAGGUUAUGUUCUAAGAAACAAGAAUGUUACUUGGAGUUUGCUCAGUUUAAUAACACAAUACAACAAAUUCUUUUUAAAUUUAAUUGCUUUAUAACUUGUCGUAAAAAUUUUAAAACAACGCUCUAAACUGUAUUUAUACACAGGAUUUGGAGACUUAGGCUUAUAAUCAAAACUUUUAUUUUCUUUUAGUCUUAUUACUUUGAAUGGUUGGAUCCUACUAAAUACUUAAAUAAGUGAGAUAAAGUAUGAGUUCUUCAUUUUCAAAAAGUGUAUGCCAGUUUUGUAGAUACUGGAAGAAAAAUAAUAUUGUGUUGAAAAGGGAAUUAAGUACAUUCUCUGAAGAUUACAAGUCAUUAUAUAUUCCAACAACAACAUUUCAAAAACUCGCUCUAAGUGUUGGUGCUUCACUUGUGUCCCUCAUGAACCCAACAAGAGGAGAUAUGAUAGCCAUUCUUGGUGAAGCGUCUGGUGAACGAGCCUUACAAUUUAUGCAUGCCACAAUGCUGGAAAGUGAGGAAGGGAGGGAGAUACUGAGGGAAGCUCCAAGAAUUAACUCAAAAACUGUGGAUCUUGAACAAUUGAGAUUACUGCCGGAGGGAACUGUAGGGAAAGUCUAUCACAACUUCCUGGAGAAAAAUAAAGUGACUCCAGACUCUCGGCUACCAGUGCAGUUUGUAGACAAUGUGCAGCUGGCGUACACGAUGCAGAGGUAUCGUGAGACUCACGACUUGAACCACGCUAUCCUUGGCAUGCCCACCAACAUGUUGGGUGAAGUCACAGUGAAGUGGGUGGAAGCUUUCCAGACCAGACUGCCAAUGUGCAUUGGAGGAGCAGUGUUUGGAGCAAUGCGAUUGAAGCCAAAACAGAGGCAAAAGUACAUCAGCUCCCACUUGCCUUGGGCUAUCCGGACUGGAAUGAACAGCAAACCUCUACUUUGUGUUUAUUUUGAAAAACGAUGGGAUCAACCUCUCUCCGAUCUACAUAAAGAACUGAACAUUGUUCCUCUGAAAGCUGUACAUUAGUCUGUGCUGUGACAUUUUCUCUAAAGAAGAAUAUGAAAAAUCUUUACAUUAUCCUAAGACUGUAACAAAUAGAGUAUUUAUUGAAAUUAUAUUUGUUGUUAAAUUAAAUAUUUUAGUCUAGA